CUGCCCCUCACAACUUUCUAUCCUCUAUCCACUAUCCACCCUGUCCCUCCCAACUACCUCCUACAAUGCCGCGUUCAUCCUAAGCCGGACUUCCUGGUAAAUGUACACGCAUCCCUUCUAGCUUUUGAUUUAGUCGCAGCUACCUCGCAUCGCGUCCGUUCUAAAGCAGCGGAAGCUCAAGGUAACGCGGGGCAGUUUAGAUGACGAGAUUUCCGUUGAUUAUUGAUUGUUGUGGUCUUCUGUGUCUAGACAACUUCUUCUUCUAAUUACCAUCACUCCUACUAAGUACGAGACAUAGAAAAUACACAAUUCGUCUUUCUACUAGAUAUCUGCACGCAUUUAUUUUCUUUCUCUUCUCGUUAUUCAAUUCAAUUUCGUUGCGAUUGGAACAGACGUCUACCAUCGUCUUCACAUACCCGUUCCCUCCAUCAUGUCUACAUUUCGGUCCUGGUUCGCCAUACCUCGAGGCUCGCAUUUCUCUCUCGCGAAUAUCCCCUUCGGCAUCAUAUCCACUGCCAAAUCAGAGACCCCCCGCGUCGCCGUUGCAAUUGGAGACCAUGCCCUAGAUCUUGAAGCUUUCGCGGCGAACAACGGCUUCAAUGCCCUGUCCACGAUCCAACCCCACCAAUCCGUAUUCUCCGAACCCACCUUGAACGCUUUCGCUGCUCUUGGACGACCUCUCCACGCAGUCGUACGAAAAUACAUCCAGAGCGUCUUCGCAGAAGACACACCGUACCCGGAUGUUCUCAAGAAUAACAGUGCGCUCCAGAAGGAUGUGUUGUUGCCACUCAAGGACGUGAAGACACACCUCCCCAUGAGGAUAGGCGACUAUACCGACUUCUUCGCCGGAAUGACGCAUGCCUUCAACGCUGGCUGUCUCUUCCGCGAUCCCAAGAAUGCGCUCCAGCCAAACUACAAACAUCUCCCCGUGGGCUAUCAUGGUCGCGCUUCCUCAGUGGUGGUCUCAGGAACACCAAUCCGCCGUCCCAACGGACAGAUCUUGCUAGACCCAAAGGCAGAGACGAAAGUGCCCAUCUACUCAUCGUGCAAGAAGCUAGACAUCGAGUUGGAGUUGGGCGCGUUUGUGUGUAAAUCAAACAAACAGGGCGAGCCAUUGCCAAUCGGCGAGGCCGAGGACAGCUUGUUUGGUGUGGUGCUCAUGAACGACUGGUCGGCACGAGACAUUCAGGCUUGGGAGUAUGUGCCAUUGGGGCCGUUCAACGCAAAGAACUUUGGCACUACCAUUAGUCCUUGGGUUGUCCUAGCAGAUGCUCUUGCGCCGUUCAAGGUCAAGGGUCUGGAGAACGACACCGAGAUUCUACCUUAUCUCCAGCAGAAGGACGAGAAGAAUGUUUACGACAUCCAACUCAAGGUCGACUUGAAGUCAAUAUCAGGAAACGCAUCGACAAUCACCCAGACAAGCGGUCGGCAUCUACUUUGGUCGUUCCCCCAAAUGAUGGCACACCACACGAUCACGGGCUGCCCGUUGCAGGUGGGAGACUUGAUAGGAUCGGGAACAAUUAGCGGACCAACGUCUGCGGAAUAUGGUAGCCUUUUGGAACAGACACAGAACGGGAAAUCCUCCAUAACGAUUGCUGGAGGCGAGGAAAGGAGGUUCCUUGAAGACGGCGACGAAGUGACCAUCACCGGUGUUUGUGGAAGUGACGAGGACGCUUUGGUUGGCUUUGGACAAUGUGUGGGCAGGAUUGAGCCAGCACUGAAGUUCGCAUUUGCAUUGUAGAGCAGCAAUUCAAC